AUGACGUUGUCGAGGCUGGGACGGGCAGGCGAGGGCGGAGGGAGGAAGGGGACAUGGGGAAGGCGGCGCACCUUUAGCACCGGUCGUGCCCGAUCUCCGCCGUCUUGCCGUAGUUGCAGACAUAUUGGUUGCCGAUCCAGCGCCUCUGACCACUUCAUCGCCCCGUCAACACCAGGCCGGUCCUUCGAUGGGCAUGAAGACAGAUCAGGAGUGGAGAGUAAGAAGGAUUAA